AUGGAUCAUCGUCGAGUUAUCCUCGUCGUUGGACAAUCAUUGGUUACCAUUUAUCUGCUAUCCUUGACAUGCUGUUCUGCUGAGAAACUGUCACCCGAUCAAAAAGCACCACCAUUUGCUCGUGGAUCAGGUGGACUCAUCCUGAAGACACCCUAUGAAGGUGGUGGUGGUGGUGGUGGUGGUGGUCUUCCAAGUUCAAGUAACGUGGAUGGAGUUCAAAGGGAAGAAAAGGAAGAUAUUAAAAUUGUUGAUGGUCAACCUGUUCGCGUAGUGGAAGGAAGUUUCUCUUACAAAAGCCCUGAAGGACUUCCUGUGUCUGUUAAAUAUGUCGCUGAUGAAAAUGGGAACAGAGCCUCAUUCAAAUUUGGUACAGCUGCUGGUGGUAACGGAAUUGUUGGUACUGGAAUUGAUCAUGGAAAUAAUAAACUAGUUGAACCACCAUAUCCACCAAAUGGACCACCUGAUAAUGUUCUCAAUGGAAAAGGACUAGGAAAAUAUAUUCCACCAAGUUCUGAUAAAAACAACAACGUCGACAGAAAAUACCUUCCACCGCAAUAAUCAAUCUUCAUCGUCUUCUCAUCUUAUACUCUAAUGGCAUUUCGAUUAGAAAGGAUCAUAAAAAAGACUAUUUUAAGUAUAAUUGAUAUAAAUGAUCAAUUAAACGAUUUUGAGAGUUUAUAAAAGAUCAAUCAAGAUUCAUUU